CCUAGCCAACAUAGUUAGUCUAUGAUUAACCACUAUAGUGCAGCUCUCAAAUAAGAUUUGAAAUAUAGCCAAGAAAAAUGCAUUGCAUCUAUAAAAUACGUAGGUUGUAAUUCAAUCUCUUUCUAAUUUGAGAUUUACUUUACGCAUUAUUGUUACGAUUUAACAAGAACAAGCCAUUUGGAGACCUGUCAUUUGGAGAUCAAGGCAUAACAAAGUACCGUUGCGCGUAUGCUCAUUUCAUGGUGUUAGUAGCCUAGCAGUAACAUUUCAGUUUCGAUUUCAAAGCGGAGGAACAGUGAAACUCAGUAGCUUCAGAAUACUACAAAAUGGCUCUUCUCGACGUUUGCGGGAUAUCAGAUUGGGUUAAAGAGGACGGAUUCAACGCGGAACGAGCGUCGGUGGAUAAAGCCAAUCACUUCAAUUUCGCUUCUCAGACACCAGAGUUGGCGGUACCCGUUGGAGUUGAUCCAGCAGAGUUUCUUAGGCCUCUGGUUGACAGUGAAGAAGGGGUGGAUGGGGUGAAGAUCAACCUGGAGCAUGGCACUACUACUCUGGCUUUCAAGUUCCAGCAUGGGGUGAUGGUGGCUGUCGACUCCAGAGCAUCUGCAGGAUCUUACGUCAGCACUCAGAUGUUUAAGAAGGUGAUCGAGAUAAACCCCUUUCUACUUGGGACAAUGUCAGGCAGUGCUGCCGACUGUGUCUAUUGGGAGAGAGUCUUGGCCAAGGAAUGCAGGAUAUACAAGCUGAGGAACAAGGAGAGGAUCUCUGUAUCUGCUGCCUCUAAGCUCCUUGCCAACAUGGUGGUCAACUACAGAGGGAUGGGUCUCUCCAUGGGCACAAUGAUAUGUGGCUGGGACAAGAAGGGUCCUGGGCUGUAUUACGUUGAUGACAAUGGCCUGAGACUGUGUGGAAACAUGUUCUCCACUGGGUCUGGUAACACCUAUGCCUAUGGUGUGAUGGACAGCGGCUACCGUUAUGACUUGUCUGUUCCAGAAGCCUAUGAUUUGGCACAGAGGGCCAUAUUUCAUGCUACACACAGAGAUGCUUACUCUGGGGGAACAGUCAACAUGUAUCACAUGAGAGAGACUGGUUGGAUUAAAGUUUCUCAAGAGGAUGUUGGCGACCUGUACCACCGCUUUUCCAAUGAGAAGAAGUGAAUCUGGCCCAUUCUAACUAUAUUCACAGUCACAUCAAUACCAUACAAUACAUCAUGAACAUAGUCAAAUAAGUAUGUAAAAUAAUAAGGAUCAUGGAGCCAUGACCUUCUCUCAGGCAACAUAUGGCAGUCAAUGUCUUCAAUAAAAUACUUUUUUUUAGAGAACUGUCAUAGGAAUUUUUUAUUGUGGUUAUGUGUAUAAGACAAUUAUUUUCUUUCAAAUAUUGAAAUAAAUAAAAUCUUUCAAA